AUGGGCUUCUUCACCGACUACCUCACAUCGGUCAUCCAGCGGAGGAUGGAGGACCCCAAGGAGCGGAGGGACCGAGCCGAGGCCCGCCUGCGCCACGCCAAGGCAGCUGCUGACGCUACGAAGAGGAACCUAGGGUACCCUACCAAAAACUGGGGCUUCUGGCGGUCAGAUAAGAUGUCUGCCCACUACGAGACCAACGCCAACCCAGCUGUCAAGCGCAUGCUCGGCAGGGCCGUGCCCGAGGUCUGA